AAAAAAAAGUUUAAAGUAAGUUCGUAGCAAAACAAAGAAGGGACAGCUGAAAAUUAUGAGUGAAACGGGGCUAGCGACGCAGAAUAAUAUAACCGUGGAAAAUGGGGACUGCUUCGACAUCCUGAAGGUGUCCACUCUCUUCGAGAGCAGCCUCCUGGAGGAGAAUGACGUACAAAUGGACGCCUACUUGGCAGCCUACGAGGAGAUAAUGAAGUUCUUCCAGCUGAUGGGCAGUGUGUUCAGUUUUGUCAGCAGCGAUGUGCGCACCAAAAUAGAUAUACUAUACACCCUGAGGUCCAAGGACACGGAGGAGGUGGAGCACUUCAGUACCUUCAGUACCAUGUUGGAGUACGAAAAGGAGGCCCAGUUGCUCAAUCAGAAGGGCUACGUGUCUGGGAGUCGCACCCUGCUACGACUUCAUCGCGGCCUGGACUUUGUCUACGAGUUUCUUAACCGGAUUCAGGCGUUACCAGACGACCAGAAGACCGUGGACGUGUGCAAGGCAGCCUAUGACGACACUCUGGGCAAACAUCACUCAUUCCUCAUCCGGAAAGGAGCCCGUCUGGCCAUGUAUGCCAUGCCCACGCGAGGCGAUCUCCUGAAAAGAGUCUGCUUUGAUGUCAAGGUGGCCAAGGAGAACCUGCCGACCAUGCUGGAGCACAUGCGAUCCAUCUACGACCGCACGGAGCAGCUUUACACGCUCCACGAUCUACACAGCUUGCCUUAGAACCUACCACGUACAUGGGCUACUCAAAAGAUCUGAUAAAAUGAUAUAAAUCUAAUAGUGAAUGACGAUUCCCUAACUUAUACAUUUAAAACAUGAUAUUAUAUUUCAAUUAUAUAGUUAAGGAUAAAUAUCACCCUAUCAGAUCUUGUGACUACCCCAAACUAGUUUAUGUAGCUAAAAUUGUCUGUGUUGAAUGUGUAACUGCAAGUAUUUGUUUUUAGAAGCCUGUAAGUUUUAAUUUUGCAUUUGAAAUUGCCUGUAAUCGCUCACUUAUCGCCUUGUCCACAGGCUGUGCAAUGUUUCCCAAAUCCCCCGUAA